GUAAAGAUUUCAGAGUUUAUCUUUCAGUGUAGUUCCGUAUAUUGAGCAAUCAAGUUUUAUGUUCUACUAUUGUAGAUUACGCGACGACUUAGAAAAUGGAUAAUGUUAUUGAGCAAUGGCUUGAAGAAGAAGAAAAGUUAAUUGAAGGUGUUGGCGUAGAUAGUGAUGAAGAAUUAGAAACUGAUCAUGUUGAAGAACAGUGCGAAGAUUCGAAUACAGAACAAGAAUAUACUGAUGAUGAGUAUGAAGGAUUGGAAAAGGAAACAGAAACAGAAAAAAAUGUAAAAACAAAACGCCCAGGUGGAGUUGGUAAAUGUCAUCUAUGUGGACGAGCACGUAACAAAAGCACACGUAAUUCAUGCGAAACUUGCUAUAAAUGGGUAUGCAACGAUCACCUCAAAUAUAUAUGCGAUUGUUGUUUUAAUAAAAAACAAUACAGUACAUCUUCAGAUGAAAUGGAUACUAAUUAAAACUUAAAAUUAAAAGACUAACAAAAUAAUUAUAAGCAUUCAUGCAUAAUAUUUUAACUCCUUUAAAUUGUAAUAGGA